UGACCAAUGGAGAGACGCCGCCCCGGGAGCCGCGCUUAGCCGGCAGCAUUUAAACCAGAGUCCCGGAGAUGCUCGACACUCGGUACGCCCUUCGCGGACCUGGAGACCUAGUGCACCGUGGUAGCGUCGCUCUCUGUCGUUCCUCUCGCGCCGAGCCCGAGUGGCUCAGGCCGCGGUCGCACGCAGGGCCACGUGUCCACGGAGAAGGACCCGAAGACCCACGGCACUGACAGAAUGAACCGCACCGCCUACACUGUGGGAGCUUUGCUCCUCCUCUUGGGGACCCUACUACCAGCAGCUGAAGGGAAAAAGAAAGGGUCCCAAGGAGCCAUCCCGCCUCCAGACAAGGCUCAGCAUAAUGACUCUGAGCAGACCCAGUCCCCACCACAGCCUGGUUCCAGGACCCGGGGGCGGGGCCAGGGCCGAGGCACCGCCAUGCCAGGAGAGGAGGUGCUGGAGUCCAGCCAAGAGGCCCUGCACGUGACAGAGCGCAAGUACCUGAAGCGAGAUUGGUGCAAAACUCAGCCCCUGAAGCAGACCAUCCAUGAGGAGGGCUGCAACAGCCGCACUAUCAUCAACCGCUUCUGCUAUGGCCAGUGCAAUUCCUUCUAUAUCCCCAGGCACAUCAGGAAGGAGGAAGGCUCCUUUCAGUCUUGCUCCUUCUGCAAGCCCAAGAAGUUCACCACCAUGAUGGUCACGCUCAACUGUCCUGAGCUACAGCCACCCACCAAGAAGAAGCGGGUCACACGCGUGAAGCAGUGUCGUUGCAUAUCCAUCGAUUUGGAUUAAACCAAAGCGGGCACAUCCAGCCUGUCAUAGCCAUGCCCAGAGCCACACCUAAACCACCCGAUUCCUACUUGGCUUAAACCUAGAGGUCAGAAGAACCAGCAGUUGCUUCCUGGCUGGAGGCUGCUUAUGCAUAAUGUAUGUGCGUGAGUGUGCAUGGGUGUUGUGUGUGUGUUUCCAAACACCAGCGGAAACAGCCUCUGCUAGAAGGCACUUCCUGUUACUCUGCUUCAGAUGGUCGGAAACGCCCACACCACCUGACCGAACACCCACAGGGGCAUGGCUGUAGUUGGCUUUGCCUUUGUAUUCAUGCGCCCUCCUGGGGACCAGGACUUCACUUGAGAAUGAAUAUUAAAGGAAGAGAUAACUCCGAGGGCUGCAUCAGAACUGGGAUCAUUCAGUGCUUACGCUUUACUCCCAUGACCCAUUCCUUUCUUUGCUCUCCCUGACAUCUUAGUCUUAGCCCAUGUCCCUAAAUUAAUUCUUUGACCAUGGUUGUAAAUGUUUUCCAUCUUGUGAAGAACCUCCAGAAUGUGGGAAGACGUGUGUUGGAGGACAAACAGGUGAUUGACACAGGAGCAUUGAGGUUGACGACCAGUCUGUGACAGUGAAAUUCAAUAUUAAGAUGUCCAGAGUUUGGAAGCUGUUCUCCAAAAAUGUGUGCGUCUUGCUUCUGUGAAAGGGUUUUCCUGAUAUUUAAAAGUACCCAGAUGCACGGAGGUGAAAUAUAAUCACACACACACACCCCAAUUUUCUGUGUCUGCCUCUGUAACCUACUGAUGCUCUCUGUAACCCAAAGUUAAAAGUGAAAUAUUGACCACUCCUGUUUUAAGAACCAAGAGAGUGAAACAGAAAGAAACAUGGCCUCCUACUUUACUUUGCCUCUCAAGGGGAAAACUGAGAGUCUUGUACACUGGGACAGGAAAAGACAAAAACAAAACAAAACAAAACAAAACAAAAAUACAACAACAACAACAACAACAAAAACUCCUUAGCUUAGUUUUGCUGGAUUAACAUUGCUUUUCUGUUGUUCCUGCAAAAUGCUUCUGAGAUGCAUAACCUUGUGUUAAAAAUUCUUCCUUUGCUGAGCACAUCUGCCAAUUAGGAACAGUCUAAGAUGAGAGAGCUGCUUGCUCCAUUUGAGCUAGACAUGAAUGGGGCCUUCUCUGCUUUGGCUCUUUUUAGGAAAGAAUCAGAGAGAGGGAGGAGUCAAAGGAAUUGCAGCUGGCUUGGUAGUGUCUGGAGGAGAGAUAAGGGCUAAGACUGCCUCCUCUUCUUUUGCUCUUAGGUCUAUAAGAAAGUUUCAUUAGGAAAGCAGAGCACUAGAGUAUACUAACAAGCCACCUACUCCCAGUGGGUCAAUUCGGCAUUGUAAGCAUUAUGUCUACUAUGGAUGUCCUCUGAAUACAUCUGGACUCCCUAAAUGCCUACUUAGCAUUUAUGUAAGGGCCAAAAUGAAAGGUAGCCUUGAUACAUUUUGGCUUAGCUAAGCAAUGUUCCUUAAGACUGUUAUAAAUGCCUUUUUUUGUCUUUUCCUCUCAGAGUCACUGGUCAAGUUAUAUGUCAUUUGGAAGGGCAACAUCCACUGCCCAUCAAAACUGCCACAAAGAACCAUUGGAUGUAAAGAAACUUUUUAUUUUGGCCUAGCCCUCUCCCAGGUGACAUCUAAAUGGAAACCAUGCUGUAAGACAAAAAAGUAUUUUGAGGCCAUGCGGUGGUGGUACAUGCCUUUAAUCCCAGCACUCGGGAGGCAGAGGCAGGUGGAUCUUUGUGAGUUCGAAGCCAGG